GCAGACGUUCUGUCCUCCGUGCUCGACGAGGUCUACACUCGGCAGUAAACAGCUGGCGACGCGAUGCGUCAGAGCAAAAUGUCGAACGGGACUGCGCCAAGCUAGUUGCCCCCUCUCUCUCUCUCUGGCACGGUGCAAGAGCUUCGUUAAAGUGGACGUUCACGGGCAAGCAUUCGGCGCAUUCGCGGUGAAAAUUCGGCAGCGACGCGAAGCAGACAAGUGUCAGUGAACAGUACCUGAACGGAGGACACGAGAAAUAAUCGUGAAAAUCCGUGGCGAAAGUGGAGUUUCUUUGUUCCGUGCUACGAUCUCUGCGCAUAGGUUCCCGUGCGAGUGGCGCAGCAUUGUUUGUGUGGUCGGUACGUCACUCUCGAAGUAUACACGGCUCGCCGCGAUAUAAAACGAAAUCCUGGCGUCCUGCUUGAUCUCACGUUGCUUCUAUUUCCUGCACAAACGAACGUAGAAGACAUCCGUAGCUGUGUUGAGCUGCGUUUUGAACCAGGACAGCGUACCAACCGUUCAGGAGAAAGGAUCGCUGGCCCUUCGUGUACGCGCGAGUGCUUUGUUUUGACGAGCAGCUGAUCCGGGUCUACUCGUUUAUCGCGUCGUCCAGUCCUCCAUCGCUGCAGCGGUGCUUCUUUUCAAGCGAUUUUACGCGCGUUUCGUGUACACGACGUUACAUCGUAUAUACGGCGAUCGUCUCGUAAACUGUGUUUAAACAGAUCGUCGAGUCGUAGCAAGAGUGCUCUGUUACAUCACGAAAACCGGAGGACGCGAUCGACCGAUACUCUCGGGGAGCAACAGUGCAACCCAUACUCGCGACAGCUAUCCUCAAUGUCAGGCGGACCAAACGACGGCGUAAUCAAGAAUCGUUGCUACGUGAUAUUCUACGAUUCUAGUGAUCGAUUAUUAUUACGAGACCUGUACGUGUGUGUGUGUCAGUUUUCGUUUCCAAGGGACACUACGCUCCCGUUCGUUCCCGUCACCGACCCUCGGCCGGAACGAAAAUCACUCAGAGCCGUCCUGUAAAUAACGAUCGUGCGGACCGUACCACGGUCCGCCUAUUCGUUUCCCGACCCGAUCCUCUCUCGGGCCCUCGAAGAGACUGUAUACAAUAGCUUCCCUCCCGAAGGCUGUGGGACUUGUUUCUUAGUUACCAAUGAUCUCGUGAUAUAUCGCUCUUUCCUCCUGCUUCUACUAUUGUUUACGUGUUUUUACGAAUCUCCAAGGAGCGUACAAAGGCAGCUAGACCGAACGACAAGAACCUUCGCUGCUUUCUUUUCAACCAAUCUACUCAUAUACACAUUAUAUACGUCCACAUUCACGCGCAUCACACAGAUACCUAUAUAUACGAGCGUGUACACAUCGUCGCGUCGCAUUUCUCGUACUCUUUCGCCGUUGCUCGUAUUUUCGUCGUUUCGCGCGCGAUCCUCUACUGCGAUACCUAUACUUGUCCGUCGUUAAAGAGUAUAAUAAGGAAGAAGCAACGCGUGUAAGACAGAUUCGCCACCGUAACGCGGAGCAAGGCUGUUCGAGCCAUAGUUGACGUGAAUCGACGACGACGGACGGAUUUGUGAUCGAUGCGGCAUAAACCCGAGGGGGCCGUACUCGCGAGCGCUGAGAACCGAGGGGUACGGCCCCGAUCGAGCUGACUACAGGAGUUGAGCUGAGAUAGUGACAGAGCCGCUGUUCGUCGGGCGUCCCGUCCACCGGACACCAAGCUCCACCGGAUGCCAGUGGUGUCCCUAGGGCGGGCUGACCGUUUCGCUGUUGUCGUCGGACUGGAAGAAGCCACACCGGCCCGAAGAUGCUGUACAUAUUUCACGUGGACACGGGCACCACGAUCACCUUCGACAUCAAGCUGGCGCUGCAAACUGUCUCCCAGCUGAAGGAAGCGAUCGAGAGAGAAUGCGGCGUGGUGGCGGCGCACCAGGUGCUCUUGAUGAGCGGAGGCGAAAGCCUGGAACAGAACGCGCGUGUGUGCUCCUAUUCGGCCGGAACCGACACGAAUCCGAUCUAUUUGUUCAGCAAGGCCGCCAUUGAGAGCCACCUUCCACCUACACCAAGCAUAGAUUACGGUUCCGAUGUCGAUCUCCAGAGCCAAAUCGACACGUCGUUGGCUAUGCCAGCCACCUAUCAGACCCUCGUCGCGCGCGCCCAAUUGGCUCAGCAAUGCUGCGGAUUGGCGCGAGAGCAGACAAGGAUCUGCGAGAGGCUGGUGCAUGACCAACACCUUCAGCAACAGGGCUGGGCGGCCGUGGUGGCCAACUUGGAGGACAUCACGCAGAUGUUCCAGUCGCGGGCCGAUCUCCUUCAUCAGAGCUUCGCCGUUUAUCUGUCGGAGAGGCAGCAGCACGUGGAACUGCUCGAGAACUUCAGCGCUGAUCUGGGUACCCUAGCGAAGAUUCCAAUCCUCCCAGCCUUAAGAGCCCAGGCAGAGGGUCUGCAGUAUCCGGACGAUCAGCCAAGUCAAUCUGAGAAAGAUUCCGAAGGCAGAGACGAAGUUCUGAGCCUGCUUCGAUGGAUCUCGGCGAAAGACAAUCAGAGCAGCCUGGAACAGGUAGCGGAGCAGUGUUCGCGAGGUCUCGAGCAGUUCGACGAGAGGGUGAUGGAGGCGUUGAAGUUAGAGGUGAACGCGGCCAUCGACAGCGCGAACAAGCAGGAUAUGAAAGAGAUCAAGGGGUUGGGUGAACGAUUAUUCGCUCUGGAACAGCUAAUGGUGCAGGCUAAGAAGCUGGUUCACGAACAAGGAGAGCUGGCUCAUGGAUUUUUGCAGAAUCAGAGUCGAGCGAAUAAUCUGGGCGAUGCUAGUGUCCUGCCUGAUCUAUGCACCUCUCACAGACGUCAGUUGCUCGUUAUGCUGCAGAAUCACAACAAGCUGCGCGAUAUAAGGCGCCGAUGCACCAAGGCGAAAGAGGAGCUGUCUGUGAACAUCUACCACAGGCUCAAGUGGAUCAUGUACGUGGAGAACAAAAUGAUGGAAGUGGAUGGAAAGCUGGUGAUGUACCACGAGAGCCUGAAACGUUUAAGAAGGCACCUCGAGGUGUUGCAGCAGAUCCAUUUGGCGCCUCAUAUGUACAUGAACGCUGUGGCUGAGGUUGUUCGAAGACGAACCUUCUCUCAGGCUUUCUUGGUCUGGGCCAGCAACCUGGCGUGCCAGUUGUUGACUGUUCAUAGCGAGGAAUUGGCUCGUAGAAGGGAGUUUCAGAGUAAAUUCGACGGACACUUCUUGAACACCUUGUUCCCUGGGCUGGAGGACACGCCACCGCCUUUUGCUACGCAAGCACCGUCUGUUUUCGAUAACGGGUUACCCAAGUUGACAGCAGACGAUAUGGAAUCUCUAAGAUCGGAGCUACCAGACCUGGCCUUGGCCGUCUCCUUGCCAGACUUGAACGGCAUCACGCAGUUCUUCCUGUCGAAGAGUCUCACCGAGGCCAGCGCUGACUGUAACAAGGAGAAGGACAGCAGCUCCAUUUGCGUCGACGCGGCUGCCAAGGAACAGGAGAGGACGAGGGCUCCCAUGUUGUUCGACAGGGGUGGAUUCGAGUCGGAGACAGACACGGAGGAAUUCGAGAAGAUCGGCCAAGGUGCCGCGGAUUCUAAGCCGGAGUCGUACAACAGCGCGAAACAAAUGCGUCAGAAGCAAUUGGAGGAGAAUCUUGGUAACACGCGCGAGGAGGUGGAGAGGCUUCGUUCGAUCCUGAAGACUCUGAAAGCUGUGGUUUGCGAAGCAUUGACGUCCGUUCGCCAGGAGUUGGCCGUGCUGAGGGACAGAUCGGAGGAGGAGAAGACUGGCUUCUCCAAGAUGACCGAACGUGUUCGUGAGGCUUUGUCGUUUUACUCGCGCGAGUAUGAUCGUCGUCUUCGAGAGCGCGAGCAAGAGCUGACGGUGGAUCACGAGUUAGAGAUGGCCGAUGUUAAGAAGCUGAUCCAGAGCAGGGAAGAAGAAGCGUGCAUUUUGAAACGUAACCUGCUGGAGAAGGAAACUGAACUGGCGGAGCACGAGCGUCUGGUGACAACUAUGAGGCAGAAAUUAGAGGCAGAGCAAACUGAGAUGAGGGAUCUACAGACGAGACUCCACCAGCAACUCGAAGAAGCUCUGGAACAGGCUCGCGUUGAAAAGGAAGCAGCUGUGAAGAAGGCGAACGAUGCGAAAUUCAUGGAGAUUGCAUCCUUGACGAACACUCUCACGCAGCACCAAAAACGGAUCCAGGAGCUGGAGGAGAGCUUCAACACGGCGCGUAACGACCAGCAGAGUUUGGUGAAGGAGGCUACUGAGAAGUUGCAGAUAGAAUACAAGUCGAAACUGGAGUCGGUCGGGAACAGGUUGCUCAAGCUGAUGCCCACGUCAACCAUGGAGAGGAGCCCCAGUGACAGCAGCCUUGAGAAGAUCGAAAGACCAGAUGUCGCCGAGUUAGUCAGUCACAUCCUGUCCCAAGCGAAGGAGAGCAUGAACUUGGAGAGAUCCGUUGCUAUACGAACAGCCAUAGAGAAGGAACGGAUAGACUGCGUGGUGAAAUUGGACCGUGAACUAAUUCUAGCCAGGCAGGUGAUCGAGGAGAAGGACAUGGAGGUAGAGAUGUAUAGGAUAAGGGAGAUAGCAUUGACAGAGGAGUGCAAGCGUUACAAGAACGAGAUCAGACGUUUGACGGAGUCGGAUAGUUUCAAGAGCAUCCUUGGCGAGGCAAGUCUGCACAAAGAGCACAGCGAUGAGCAAUUAGAGAUGAGUCAGGGUAGUCUGAAAGAGUUAGAGAAGCGUCUAGAACCGGAGAAAGACGAGGUAGAGGUGUCUGAGUCGAAGAAGGUGCGACUGGAAGCGAGCAACAAUCCCAGCUGCUUGUCCAGAAGGUUGGAGAUCCUUGAGAACGACAACAAGAGGUUGACAGCUGAGAUGCAGGCGCUUCGAGAGAGCAAAGAAUCGGCCGAAGAGAAGAUCGAGGCUUUGGAGGCUGACAAGGUGCGACUGGAGAUCGAGUUAGUGAAGGAAAGGUCCAGAAGUUUCGCUGCUCCUGACUCGUCGUCGUCGUCUGAGAGCCGCGAGAAGGAUAUGAACGCCUCUGUGGCAGUAGUUACAGAAUCUGGCGCUCUCAGGGACGCCGCGACCAGUCCAAAGCCUCAACGUCGGCGAGAUUGUGCCAUGGGCAUGUCACUCGUGGAGCAGAAGAUGAAACAGAUUGCGAAAAAGCUGGUAGAAAAGGGUCACAUAACGGUGACCAGUUGCGAGCCGGGUGACAAGGUGUUGUUGUUCUGGGAUCCAAUGUAUAAGACGUAUAUCCUGUACCAGGAGUCUAUGACGUUCUAUUUCCUCAACUCCGAUUGUUUCUCUAGCUUGAAUCUGUGCUCGACUUCUGGCGAGACACCGAAAGAUAUGCAUACCAUCGUUGAGGUUGUGGAUAAACAGUACUGUCACGCUAGGAAGGCGGAAAAUCGGUAUCGCGUGCCGCAAGGCACCAAGUUCUACCGGGUGGUCGUGAAGCCUGUGAACGAUAGUGCAUCUCUGAUGACGAGUAUACAAGAGUAAUGACGGUGGCGGACAGAGAGAGGAAACGUGAGAUCCAUCGAUUCUCCGCCGAUCGAAGAAAUGAAAUAAAGCCCUGUGACCGCGGAUCCGUGUCGCGGGGAUGAACACCUGUGGCCUUGCACGUGCAGUUCAUCCGUUGCGCGGAUCCUUAGCGUAUAUAUACGUGUUUGCGACCAUCCGGAAACCCUCGGAUCAAGGCCAAAACCUGCCAGAGCCUGUAGACGCAUCCUUGAACGUUCACGGACCAGAAGGAACGAAGUUUCAUUUUUUGGCUGAUCGAAAGCUGGUUGUUUGAGAACAGAGAGGUACAUAUCUGGGUACCGCCGUUAGUUUUGUGGGUGUCACACGGAUCGAUUAGGGAUCAGAGACGAAAGGAUGCGCUGGCGUUUUAUUGUGAUAUAAAUAAUUUUAACGGAAGCAAAAACAAGAAAAAAAAAAACGAAAAACAAAUUGACAAAAAAAGAAACAACAACAAAUGAGUGAAACAUAAUUGCCGAAUGCUGUGGUUAGCUGUGAAGCGUGUAAAACGACGUUUGUAUUCCUUUUUCCUUUUUUUUUUCACAGACCGAGCGAGAAAGAGUGGAAGCGUGUGCGAGAUGGAGAUAGAUAGAUAGAUAGAUUGAUAGAUAGAUAGAUAGAUAGAUAGAUAGAUAGAUA